AUGGUUAAACCUUGUUGGAGACCUUGUGUGGAGGAUGAUGCCACUGGCACUGGGAAGGUUGAUGGGUUGCUGUGGUAUAAGAAUUUGGGGAACCAUGUUUAUGGACAGUUCUCAAUGGCUGUAAUUCAAGCCAAUACCUUGAUAGAGGAUCAAAGCCAACUUGAAUCGGGCCCUUUUACUUCAACUAAUUCAGGUCCACAGGGAACUUUUGUUGGAGUGUAUGAUGGACAUGGAGGAACUGAGGCUUCAAAGUUUAUCAACCACAACCUUUUCUCCAAUUUCAAAAAAAUUGUUUCUGAGCAACAAGAUGUUUCAGAAACUGUUAUCAAGAAGGCUUUUGCAGCUACAGAAGAGGAUUUUCUUUCUCUUGUGAAAAAGCAGUGGCUCAGUAAUCCCCAUAUGGCAUCUGUGGGAUCCUGUUGUUUGGUGGGAGUCAUAUGCAAUGGACUAUUAUAUAUUGCAAAUGCUGGAGACUCCCGAGUGGUUCUAGGAAGAGCAGAAAGAGGAACCAGGGAAGUUAAAGCAGUACAAUUAUCUACGGAUCACAAUGCUAAUAUAGAAUCUGUGAGAGAUGAACUCCGGUCUUUGCACCCCAAUGAUUCACAGAUUGUUGUCCAGAAGUACAAAGUUUGGCGCGUGAAAGGCAUCAUACAGGUUUCAAGAUCCAUAGGAGAUGGCUAUCUUAAAAGGUCAGAGUUCAACCGAGAGCCUCUACAGUCAAAGUUUAGACUGCCUGAAGCUUUCCACAAGCCAAUCCUUAGUCCAGAGCCAGAAAUACUAGUGCGCAAACUCCAACCAGGAGAUCAAUUCCUAAUAUUUGCUUCUGACGGUCUAUGGGAGCAUCUUAGCAAUCAGGAGGCUAUUGACAUUAUCCAAAAUUUCCCACGGAACGGAAUCGCCAAGAGACUUGUUAAAGCUGCACUUCGGGAAGCAGCUAAGAAAAGAGAGAUGAGGUACACAGAUUUGAAAAAGAUUGAACGAGGGGUCAGGAGACAUUUUCAUGAUGAUAUUAGUGUCAUAGUUGUGUAUAUAGACUCUCAUUUGAUCAAUAGAAGUUCCACCAGUAGCCACCCCUUUUCGAUAGGAGGAAAAAGCAUCCCCACUGUAUACAAAUCGGUGCAAGAUUCUAGUGUUUGA